AUGAACUCCCGUUUUCUCCCUGGACGGGAUAAGGAAGUAAAACAGGGAUUAGACACCGUUAGGAAGCUUGUACCUGUUGAAAAUGCACAAGAAAAUUCUGCCCGUAUUCGAGAAUCAAUACCAUCCAAUUGGAUAUACAACGAAAAAUAUGUAAAUAACGUUUGGGAGGAUCUUGAACAAUAUACAAAGAAAAAUAUUCAAUCUGCAUACGCAGAACAAAAUCCUUUCAAGCAAAUUGAUGAUUCAGCUUCUAAAAUUAGACAGAUAAUAGCUACUUUUGAAUCACAAGAUGAAGAGUUUAUACUUAAUUUCAUGAAUAUUCUCGGUGAAUCAGAUGAUUUUUCUGGCUCAAGUUUCGAUUCAGAUGCGAUUUUCUUCGAAGCUCGUUCAAGAUUACAAGAUAUGAUUGACCAACACGUAGAUUUUACCGUACGAGAAGGAAAACUACUCGAAUCUAUGGUUUUGUGGUAUAAAUUACAAAAGAAUAUGAAAAUUGACGAUUCAGAUCAAUUUACUGUUGACGAAAUGAAGAAAUACGACAUUAAAAGACUACAAGAUACUCUUGAUGAACUAAAUCGUAUGAAAGAAGCAAGAGCUGAAGAGGCAACCUCAUUACAUCACGACAUUGUCAGCAAUUUAAGAGACAAAGUUAAUGAAUACCAAACACAACUUACUCAGAAAGAACUUCAGCUCUCGCAAAUGCAACAAGAAUCAUCCAGAAACUUGAAAAAUAAAAGAAGAUCAUCAAGAACUCCAACAAGAGCUUUGCAAACCGAUGACGAGUUUCAAGACCAGCAAAGGAAGAUCUUAGAACUCAAUUCUCAAGUAUCAAAACUCAAACAAGCCCUUAUGGAAGUUUCUCAAAACGCAAAACCAGUUGAAGAAGCUCAAGAAAUACUAAAUAAAAUUCCAGAUCCUCUUCAAUCUGAACAACCAACUAUUGAUCUUUCUGUAGCUAAAGAACUUGAUUUCGAGAACAGAAUAAAGAGUCUUAAUGAACAACUAAAAUCCGUGAAAGAUGAUUAUAAAAACACAAGAGAACAAUUUAUGAAAUCAAAACAAAACGAAUUGUUAUUAGAGAAGAAAUUAGAUGCUGCUGAACGACAAAAGAAAUCAUUAGAGUCACAACAAAACACAUUACAAAAGAAAUUGGACCAAUUAGAAGCAAGUUUCAAUGAAAGACUUGAAAAUGCUAAAAAUACAAAUCCAAAAUCAAUCAAAGAUGAUGAUAACUCUGCUUCAGAAAUCAUCAAAAAAUAUGAAGCAAAAAUACAAGCAAUGAAUGAAACUAAUCAAUCAAUGAUUAAAUCAAUUGAAGAGUCAUAUAAUACUAAACUCAAAGCACAGAUGCAAACAAUAACAAAUGCUUUGAAUAAUGGUGAUGCGAAGUCUGCUUUCGAAGAAACAACAAGGCAAUUAAACAUCCAACUUGAAAAAGCAAAAGUUGAUGCAGAAAAAGUUGUAAGUGAAAUGAAACAAAAAACUUCAGAACAAUUAAUGACAAUGUCCAAACAUUAUGAAAAUCUUUUGAGAAAGAAAACUCAUGAUAUGGAAGCAAUUCGUAAUUCUGUUGAUUCUGAAAUCAAAAACAGAUUGUUUGAAAUCAGAUUGGAAUAUGAUGAGAAAACAAAUCAAAAAAUACUCCAAGAACAAGGAAAAUAUCAAACAGAAAUAACUGAAUUGAAAAACGGUUUAUUAAAAGAAAUUGACAUUUUACAAAAUAAAUUGACAGAUGUAACUCAUCAAAAAGAUGCUUACAAAUCAAUUCUAAUCAAUUCAGAUCUCCUUGAAAGUGAAGAAGAGGAGGAUAUGGAUGAAGAUAAAACAAAAACUGAUGAUGACGUUCUCCAAAAUUCUCUUUUAGCUUUGAAAGAAAGAGAAAUUGAACAAAAAGUAUCAGAAAAAUACCAAAUUCUUUUGAAAACACAACAAGAAUUGUUGAUGGAUUCUAAGAAAUGGGAAUUAGAACAAGCAAGGAUCUUCUUAGAAAACAAAUACGAUGAUUACUUGCAAGAUUUUAGAGUCAAAAUUGCUGAUGCUGUUCAUAAAAUUUAUGAUGAAUCUCCUCAUGACAAUGUCGUUCUUGAGAAGCUGUUAAUAUCUGUUUUAGAUCUUGUUGAUAAUGACAAGAAAUUCGAUAAACCAAAGAGUGAAAAAAGACCAGGAAAUGAACCAACAAUUCCUGUCCAUGAAGUUGAAAGAAAAAUGAAUGAAUUGACACAAAAAGUUGUUGAACUUAGCUCGGAAAACGAAAUCCUUAGGAAAUUUGCAAGCUCUAAAUCAGAUAGUAAAGAUGUUAUGGCAAAAAUAGAAGAACAAUCAAAGAAAAUUGGAGAAUUAACAAAAGAAAACUUGGAUUUACAGAAAGAAAUCAAUGUUUUGUCAUCGAAAGUUAAUGCCCCUGUUGUUUCUCAUGCAGCAACAUCAAGAGAAUUCCCUAAGCUAAAAGUUAUUGAUAAAGAAACUCAAACACUUGAUUAUAAACCAAACGUGACAAUUAAAACGGAUAAAAUUAAUACAAAUCAAUAUCCGUCACUUUCCAUUACAACUUCUCAAUUAUUUAACCUUAAUUCAAACAAUGAUGAUUUCUCUAUGCAUGCAGAGUGUUUGCAUUGCCAUAAUGUAUUUGGUUUCGAACCAGGUGAUGUUCAGCAUAAACUUGCAAUGAGUUCUAUUAUUUCUUGUCCAAUUUGCAGAAAGAUGAUGACUUUGCAAGAUAAUUUCGACGAUAAAAACGGUUUAAGUAAUUUGUUGUUAGAUGAAACAAAUCUUGACAAUGUAAUUAAUAUAGAAGAAAAUGAUAAGAAGCCACCAAUCCAAAUUUCAGAUGAAUUAAACAAUUUUUCAGUUCCUCCAACACAAAGAGAGAAAGUUGAACUUCAAAUUGAUUUAUCUCAUGAAAAUCAUCAAAGUUCUCACUCCACAGCCAGAAGACAAUCAACAAACGAAGAGAACGUAUCAUCAGGACGCCGUUCUUCUUUGGCAGAUAGUGGAGAAAUAGUUCCAGAAACUCCUUUAAUUAACGAAAUCCCUCAAAACGAAAAAAGAGAAGAAAAUCAAAAACCAAAUACCGAGGAAAUCAAACCACAAAAAAUCGAAAAUGUUCCUGAUCCGCAACUCCAGAAACUUGUUGAGAACAACACUGUGCUUCAAAAGAAGUUGAUGCUUGCUGCACAAGCACUUAAAGACAUGGAAAGACAAUAUAAUGAAAGAGUUUCGUUUAUGGAAAACAAAAUCAACGAAAUGCAAAAAGAUUUCAUCAGACAGAACCAAUUGGCAAUACAGGCAUCGAAAGAACUUCCUCCCACUCAAGAAGGAAAUGAACAAAAGAAGUACACAGUCAAUAAAAUUUAUUCUCAUGUCAGAGAGAUUAAAAGUGUCAUGAAUUUCGACAUUAAUAUGCCAAAUCCUCCACCAAAAUCACAGGAGCAAAUGAUAGAUAUAGCAGAAAACGCUUUGUUCGUAAUGAAAGAAAAAAUUGAUGAUAAAACAAAACCAGUAACUGUUAAAGGAGACUUGAACGGAUUGCAUCAAAAAAUGACUAAUUUCAGCUUGGAAUUUGCUGGAAUUAAAGGAACAUUUAAACAAUUUGUGAAGAAGACAAACGAGAAAAACAAAGAGUUGGCCGACCAACUAAAGGAUUAUCUUCUCAAAUUCACAAAACAAAAGUCAAAGGAAGUUGAGAAUUUACAGAAAGAAAAAGAAAGAUUGAACAAAGAUAUAGAAAGAUUGAACCAAACAAUCAAAGAAAGGGAGAGGUUUAUGAAUAGUUUAAGAGACGAAUUGGAUAAAACAAGGAAUGAAAAUGAUGAUUUAAGAGAAGAAAUACAAAGUUCUUUGACGGAAGUUCAAAAAUUACAACUUUCAAGAGGUGAAAAAUCACAACUGUUUAAGAUAAUGCAAGAAACAGAGUUAGACAGAGAAAAGCAUAUUGAUUUGUUGACAGAAGAUGUUGUCUCUGCUAAGAAAGAAGUUAAUAAGAUGCAGAAUAAUAUGCAAUCCUUGGAGAACCAAAACAUACAGUUGAAAGACCAAAUUAUCACCGAAAUUGAAAAUCCGAAAAAUGUUAAAUCAUCAAGAAGUGACAAAAUGUCUAAGAUUGAAGAAGAAACAAAACUCGAUUUCGUUCCAAGUUUCGUUGUUUUCUCAACAAAAAUGAAGAUGAACAAUGGCUUCGCUUUGGUUUCUAAAAAUGAAAUGAAAAACAAAAAUUAUUUCAAUUCCCAACCUUUAUUGAUACAAACUGAAGAUGAUUCAAACGUUGUUUCAGCCAAAAUACAGACACCGAAACAUACAACUAUCAAAGUAUUAACUAGACCAAACCAAAGCCUAAGAAUCACAACAGCAAAAACUGUUUCUCGGCCAUUGAAAAAUGUAUUUCCAAGACCAAUCUCUCCAAAUAUACAAAGCACAAGAGAUGAUGAUGUCGUUCAAUUCGACACGUUAAUUCCUUUGACAGUUGAUGAUACUUCUUCAUCUGUUAUCGCUUAUGUAACUCACUACGUGAAACAAAAUGUUCCAAAGAAUGACAGGAAUAAGUCACUUCUUCUUCCAACACCUAUUGAUACAAGUGAAGCAAAGACAGCUAUAGUUUCUUCACGCUCUAAAGGCAGCAUUAUAAAGCCACCUGAAACAAAUCAAGCUCCUCAAACAAUUGUUGUUGAGAAACCGGCAACAAAUAGGUCAAAGAGUCCUAAUGAUAGGGAAGCUAAUUUAGAAAAAAGAAUCAAACAAUUAGAACGUGUUAUAUCUGAUAAAAGUAAUGAAAUUUGUACUUGUAAUGACAAGAUACACGAACUUAAUGUUUUUGUUUUCAAAAUUAAACAGGAAAUCAUCAAAAUUGCUCGUCAGAAAAAGAAGAGUGACAUGAUGCUUGAAUCUUCCAAGAGGCAACUUUCAAAGGCCAUGGAUCACUUGGUAGAAAGAGACAGGCACAUUUCUGAUUUGAAGAAGAUUAUUUCUGAUUUCAGGAAGAUCGCAGAAAGCCUCAAACAAGAGAAACAAAUUAGUUCGUCAAGAACUACUUAUUCCGGAAGAGACGAUAUUGUUCUCUUAAAUUCUCUUUCAUAUGCAAAGAUGGCUGAUAAUGAAAUGAGAUCUCUCGAGAGAUGGAACUUGAGGAGAAAGAAGAUUUUGGAUGAAGAAAGAGACAAAUUAAUGAGAACAUUGAGAGCAAUUCGUUUGUUAGAUGAAACUCCAAUCAAACAGGAUUUGGUGACCGUAACUUCCCAAAGAUCUCCUUCAAAAGAAAAAAGAACAACUGUUACUCCAAACGCAAAAGAAAUGAUCAAGUAA